AUGCGCUCAUAUAUAACCUGCGCUGAGAUGCGGAUGUUCUAGAAAUUCAGGUGGCGGAGCUCGAGAUCUAGUUCCGUGUUUGGUUCCCCCCUUUGGUUUUAUUUGGAGAGAUGGCGGAAUGUGUACGUCUUAAAGAAGCAGAUGAGAGAGUGAAGAAUGGAAAUUGGAAGAGAUGGGGACCCUACCUCUCAGAACGUCAAUGGGGAACUGUUCGUGAGGACUAUUCUCCAGAUGGAUCAUGCUGGGAGUAUUUUCCGCAUGAACACGCUCGAUCCCGUGCCUUCCGGUGGGGUGAAGAUGGAUUGCUUGGUAUUACAGAUAGGGAAUGUCGGCUCUGCUUCGGUCUGUCUCUCUGGAAUGGUAAAGAUCCCAUCUUGAAGGAAAGGCUUUACGGUCUCACAGGUCCGGAAGGUAACCAUGGCGAAGACUGCAAGGAAUGUUACUACUACCUUGACUCCUCCCCUACUCACAGCUAUAUGAAGGGACUCUAUAAAUAUCCUCAAGGGGAAUACCCGUAUGCUGAGCUUGCAGGAGAGAACAAGAAGAGGAAUGUCCAUGAUCUAGAAUAUGAACUUGAAGAUACCGGUACAUUCAACGAAAGCAAGUACUGGGAUGUUGUUGCAGAGUACGCGAAGAAUUCACCAAACGACAUACUGAGUCGUAUCACGGUAUACAACCGCGGUCCCGAGGCAGCCACCAUUCACGUUCUGCCCACGUUGUGGUAUCGUAAUACAUGGAUAUGGGGCUGCUCACACGAGGGCUGUACCAUGAAACCUAAAAUGACGCUAAUGAAGAAUGGCAAGACCAUGUGCUCCCACGAAACAUUAGGCAAGUUUGCAUUUGUGUAUGAUGUGGGACCGGACGGUGAGAAACCAGAGAUACUCUUCACAGAGAAUGAAACCAACAUGAAGAAACUCUACAACGUUGAUCAUUACACAAGCUUUGCCAAAGACGGCUUCAACUCAUAUGUCAUAAAUGGUGAAAAAGAAGCAGUAGAUGUCCGUUGUCGAGGCACCAAGUGUGCUCCUCACUAUGUAGUAGAAGUAGCAGCUGGAGGGAAGGCAGAGGUCAGGUGUAGGUUCUUUGCAGAGAGUGAGGAUCCAGGGACUUACUUCGGUGCGGAAGCCUUUGAUGCCGUCUUUGACGCUAGAAUCAAGGAGACGGAUGAGUUUUAUAGUCAGGUCAUUCCAUCCAACUGCAGUCGAGAGGAGCAGGGUAUGGCUCGUCAGUGCUAUGCAGGUCUGCUGUGGAGCAAGCAGUUCUACCAUUACAUCGUAGAGGGAUGGUUAGGAGGGGAUAAAAACAUGCCUACACCACCAGAGAGUCGACUGCAGGGUAGAAACAAAGACUGGAAACAUCUAUUCAACAGAGAUAUCAUCUCCAUGCCAGACAAAUGGGAAUAUCCAUGGUAUGCAUCGUGGGAUCUUGCAUUUCAUAUGAUCCCGUUUGCCAAGGUGGAUCCAUUCUUUGCCAAGGAACAGCUUCUCCUCUUCCUCAGAGAAUGGUAUAUGGCUCCAAAUGGUCAGAUACCAGCAUAUGAAUUUCAGUUUGAUGAUGUGAACCCACCGGUGCAUGCUUGGGCAGUGUUCAGGGUCUUCAAAAUGACAGGGGUCAGAGGUCAAAGAGAUAGGCUCUUCCUAGCCAGGUGUUUCCAGAAACUCCUCAUCAAUUUCACAUGGUGGGUGAAUCGCAAGGAUCCUGAUGGCAAGAAUAUAUUCUCUGGAGGAUUCCUUGGUCUUGAUAACAUUGGAGUCUUCGACAGGUCACGACCUUUACCAACGGGAGGUCAUCUUGAACAGGCUGAUGGAACAGCAUGGAUGGCAUUCUUCUGUGUGGUCAUGCUAGACAUCGCAUUGGAACUAGCCAGAACUGAUCCAGCUUAUGAAGACAUGGCCAGCAAGUUCUUUGAGCACUUUGUAGGGAUCAUUGAUGCCAUGAACAAAAUGGGUGAUGGUGAAGGACUAUGGGAUGAGAAGGAUGGAUUCUAUUACGAUGUACUGAAGACUCCCACCUGUACCGUACCACUGAGGAUCCGCUCUAUGGUAGGGUUGAUCCCUCUCUACGCCUCACUUACGUUGGAUGAGGAAGUGAUCGCGAAAUUACCAGGAUUCCAUAAACGAUUGGAUUGGUUCAUUAAGAACAGACCUGACCUCUCUUCCCAUCUUGCCUUCCGGACCAGAGAAGGCUCUGGCAAAGGGCGUCACCUUCUAGGCAUUCCCUCACGCAAGAACCUGAAGAGAGUGCUCAAAUACAUGCUGGACGAAAACGAGUUCCUGUCCCCCUUUGGCAUCCGGUCAUUGUCCAAGAUCCACGCCAGCCAACCAUUCCAGUUUCACGUCGGUGGGGAGGAGUAUCGAGUAGACUACGUCCCAGGAGAGUCCAAUACCUAUCUGUUUGGUGGGAAUAGCAACUGGAGGGGUCCCAUCUGGCUCUGUGUGAACUACCUGAUCAUCGAAGCCUUGGAGCGCUACGACUUCUUCUACGGGGAAUCUUUCAAGGUGGAGUGUCCCACCGGAUCAGGGAACAUGGUUCGUCUCAAGGAGGUUGCCAAGGACAUCUCAUCCCGCAUCGUCAAUCUCUUCUUACCGGAUGAGAGCGGUAGGAGGCCGUGCCAUGGGGACAACGCCCUCUAUAGGGAUGACCCUAACUGGAAGGAUCUGGUCCUGUUCUACGAGUACUUCCAUGGCGAUACGGGACGUGGAGUUGGUGCAAGCCAUCAAACUGGCUGGACAGCCGUCGUGGCAGCUUGCCUUGACAGAGUCAAGAAGGAAUAGUCAAGAUGUUUGCCUUUUCCAUCAAGAAUCCUCAAUCUGCUUUUGAAGUCAGGUACUUACGGCCUUCUUACAUCAUCCUUAAUUAGUUUGCUAGUUAUAUUUGCUGUAUGUAUUAGAAUUGUAUCAAUACUUAAUGAAACAAUCACAACUCUUAUUUAAACUACCUAGGUAUUACAAUCCUUUACCGAAUCAUGAGCUGAAAUUUUCACAUUAUUAUUAUUUUUUUUUUUAAUUUCAUAAUUCAAAAUGGCCCCCUUUUUUUUUUUUGUAUAUGGCCAUAUUGCUGCACUUGAAAACAUACCCGAAAAAAUGUGAAUAAGGCAAUGACGAGUAUGGCUGAAAGUGUCCAUAAGUGUAUGCCAUAAUAAUGGCUUACACAGUAAAUAGCUAUUGUGUGGUAUAUUUAUAACUCUUUUUUUAGUUCUGUAUGAUCAUUUUUUAAAACAAAUGUGGCUAAAAAUGGCAAUAGUUAUUAUUGUAAUAAGAUCUCGCUUGAAUGUUAAGGCUGGAAGUCACACAAUGAUGUUGAGUCUAUGUUUUGAAACCGUGGUUUAACCCUUAUCUAACUGGGGGAUUAAUUUGACCCCCCCUUCGACAAAUUUUGUCACUACGCCGUCACGCGAAUUUUUUUGACCGCACUGCUCGCUGACUUUUUACUUUCAAGUCUUGCGCAUCUUUUGAGACCAAAUUUGCGACCCACAAUAUUUGUUAAAAAUGUUAUAGGCAAAACAUGCACAAAAAAAAAAUUUAGGGCAAAUUUCAUAUGCUUAUUUGCAUAAUUAAUUAAUACGAAAAUAUAAGCAACUAAUAUUUUGAAAAUUUUACUAUAGUCUUACAGUUUACAUCUGGCUCUACGUGUGUGCAAAUUUUCAUGGCAAUUAGCAGCCAAGAUUUGGGGGGGGGUCAAAUUGACCUCCCUCCCCCGUAUAUCCUGGUCUGAAAUAGCCCAGAAAGUGUGCAUUUCUUUGUUGGCGAUCUUUAGUGUGCUCACUUUUCAGCAUGCAUUUCAUGCUAGAACUGACAUAGACUUUCGUACAAGAACUUGAUCCAGAUCUAUGAUAAUAUGGUGAUAUUUGACCUUGAUUUUAAAUACAUUCCAAUGACACCCUUCAUUGCUAUGACUAAUUGAGUGUAGCUAUUAAUAGGCAUAAUCAAUCUGCAAAAGCAUGGUUUAGAUCGUGGAUUAAUAACGAACUAUGUGAAUUCGGACCACAGAGAUUUAAGUGCGCUGAACUUUCCAUGGGUGCUUGGUUGAAGUUUCCAGGGUACUAGGUUGAAGUUUCAAGGCUACGUCUUAGUCAUCAUGCAGAAUGCAACAAUGGGGUGCUUUUUUUCUUGCUUUGUAGGCUGAUCCAUUGAACUAUUCAUUGUUUCCAGGGUAAUUGUUUAGCAUUCCAUUGUCAUGACGAUAGAGAGAGUUAUCAUCAUGAAGGAACAUGUAUUUUUUCUGUACUUCAGAUAUUCUUCAUAUUUAGUUCAUUCAUCUUUACAUCGCUUCAUAAAAACAAUAUGAAAUGUGGAAAUGCAAACAAAAAUACAAUAGGAUUACAUCAUAAACAAUUAGGAAUAAUGACAAAUAAGGCCAUUAACUGUGAUCUAGCAAAUUUUAGAGACUAGCGGUUGGCAUAGAGGGUUUUGCCCCCUCCCUUUUCCCAGUACUAAUAUACAAAAGUAGGGCUUACAAAAAAAGAAUCAAAAUAUAAUUAAUAGAUACUUAGUUUUUGUGAAGAAAUCUCUUAUGUUUGUCUGUGUAAGCAGCCAUUUGUAAAAAAGAGGGAUACUGAAGAUCUCAUAAUACCUAAUGUUAAAAAAAUAUAUAUUAUAUGAUUUUGGUGUGCUUAACAUAUCUCUACUAUUGUGCAUGAGAAAUAUUUAAAUUCCUUGAAAAGGAUUAGAAUUGAAUGUUUACAAGUUAAGUGAUGGGAAUAGAAGAUUGACAAAAUAGUGCCUUCAAACAGGUUGUUAUAAAAUGAGGAAUGCAAUCUGAUUGUAGGUAGAAUAUAUUAUAAUUCAUAUAGAUUCCUUUUAUAUUUUAUAGAGUUUUAUUAAAUAAUUAAUAACAUAUAUUUGUCUGUUCUUUUUCCAUUUCAUGAGGUCGAAGUCUCGUAAUUAUUUUCUGUGUAUUUGGGAAUUUUGAUUUUGGGCCGUUUAAUUUGGUUUAUUUCUUAUCAUAGUCAUAAAUGAUACUACCAUGUCGCCUGGAGAAUAAUUAUUAUGCUGCAUUUAAUGCAUUGGUGUACAUUCAUAUGACUUUCAAAAAGUCUGAGAAAAAAGGUACCUUUUGAAGCUUAUAUUUCCUUUUAUGGUAAUUUUACUAGCCAGAUAACAUGAAUUGAGGUCAUUUCUGUUUGGCUCAAAUAAGGUGUGCAGAUGGCAUAUCACACUGCUCCAGGCUUUUCAUUAUUUCAAUUCUAGUUAAUUUUGUUCUUAAUAUUUACCCAAUCGUGUAUGCAAUAUUUGAAAACAUCUAUAUUCUACUGAAAAAUGCUUCAAGACUCUAACAGAAUAUUUUGAACAUCGUUGUAAAACAUUCUGGUACUGUAACAUAGUAUUUUGUACAGAGUUACAGACAUUACAAUCUGAUAUAUAAUUGUCAGAAAAGUGUAAAGUUUUUGUGCUAUUUUUUCCAGCAUUAUACUCUGUCAUAAACACAAAUAUUACAUUAUUACGCUCAAUCUAUGACUAUUGCCUUGUAUAUUUUAUCCAGAUGAGUUGGAAGGGGCUGUGAGCAAGCUUGUAUUUUUAUAUGCAAUCAUCACAAACUGUAAUAUCUUACAAUCACAUAAUUUAUCCACAGCAUGAAGUGCAUGUUUGUUCUGUGAAAUCCAUGUAAAAUUACAGGAUAGUUUCUUAUAUGCAAUAAUAUUAAAUAGUGUUUAAAGAUAUCAAAAAUGAAUUUAGGCCCUAUGAAGAAAAGAUAUAUUGGAAUGAAUUUGAUAGUCAAAUGAGUUGCGUAUUUUCCACUUGCUGAAUUUAUUACUGCCUCAAAUAGCACUAAUGAAGAUGAAAUGUUGUGAAGAGCCCCAUUUCUAAUAGGGCCUUCUGAUUAGGAUAGAUGUUAAG